AAAAAUCAUUCAAAGACAUACAUAAUACUUGAGUUUAAAUUUUCUUUUCUUCUUAAACUAGGAAAAUGGGAUUGACUGGUGUUCUUCAUGUGGAGGUUGAAGUUAAGUCUCCGGCUGAAAAGUUCUGGGUAGCCCUUGGCGACGGCAUCAAUUUCUUUCCCAAAGCUUUCCCUAAUGACUACAAAACCAUUCAAGUUCUUGCUGGCGAUGGGAAUGCUCCUGGCUCCAUUCGCCUCAUUACUUAUGGAGAAGGAUCUCCACUGGUGAAGAUAUCGGCUGAGAGGAUCGAAGAAGUGGAUUUGGAGAACAAAAGCAUGUCGUACAGCAUCAUCGGCGGCGAAAUGAUGGAGUACUACAAAACGUUCAAAGGAACGAUCACAGUUAUUCCUAAGGACGGUGGAAGCCUUCUGAAAUGGUCUGGUGAGUUUGAGAAGACCAGCCAUGAGAUCGCUGACCCACACGUCAUCAAGGACUUUGCUGUCAAGAACUUCAAAGAGAUAGAUGAAUAUCUCCUUAAGCAAAGCGCUUAAAAGUUGAAUCUUUAAAAUAUAUAAGUGUGGUUCUAUCGCGGGUCUCUAUAUUAUCUAAGUAAGAAGUUAAAUAAAGUGGAUCCUCUUCAUGAGUUAUCCUUAUUUAUGAUUGCACGGUUUGGUUUCCGGAGUAUAUUAUAUAGACACGCCAGGUGUUUACAAUA